UGCCAGUGCCGACCGCACUGAGCUAGAUGGGUCCCAAUGCUCCGACUCCGCAUAAGGCUGGCGGGCGGGGGGCUGAUCCAGGCAGCACAAUGGCCUCAGAGGGACCGUCCGGAUUGUCUCUUCCUUGGAGAAGAGUGGGAAGAGGUGCUGGGCAGCCACCUCAGGCUCCCUUGACCUUUGAGGAGGUGGCUGUGUAUUUCUCCGAGGAGGAGUGGGCUCUGCUGGAUCCUGAGCAGAGAGCUCUGCAUAGGGAAGUCAUGGAAGAGAAUUACAAGACGGUGGCCUCUCUAGGGGCAUACAUCUAUUCUUGUUGGGAAGAAGGAGAAGAUCCGGUGAUCCAGGAUCUCAAAGAAGAGGAGACAUCAGCAGGAGUUGAUGGGCAGAAGAAUGAGAAUCAUAGGGAACCAGAUAUGAUGUCAUUGGUAACAGCCAUGCGUGAAGCACAAAAAGAGGUGCUUGGAAAUCAUGGGGGACCAAAAAAGUCUGCAAGAAACCAAUCAAAGAAUAGGAGGAAGAUAUCCACUACUUCUCAGAUAUUGCAUCGAAGAAACCACGUAGGGGAGAAACCAUUUAAAUGCACAGAGUGUGGAAAGAGCUUCAGCCACAGCAGUACAUUUACUGUACAUCAAAGAACCCACACAGGGGAGAAACCAUUUAAAUGUAUGGUGUGUAGAAAGAGCUUCAGUGUGAGUAGUCACCUUACUGUACAUCAACGAACCCACACAGGGGAGAAACCAUUUAAGUGCAUGGAAUGUGGAAAGAGGUUCAGCUGUAGUAGUAACCUUACUAAACAUCAAGGAAGCCACACAGGAGAGAAGCCAUUUAAAUGCAUGGAAUGUGGAAAGCGAUUCAGAGAUGCGGGAACCCUUACUAAACAUCAACAAACACACACAGGAGAGAAACCAUUUAAGUGCAUGGAGUGUGGGAAGAGCUUCAUUGUGAGUAGUCAGCUUAUUGUACAUCAACAAACCCACACAGGGGAGAAGCCAUUUAACUGCAUGGAGUGUGGAAAGAGCUUCAGUGGGAGUAGUCAUCUUAUUAUACAUCAAAGAAUCCACACGGGGGAGAAACCAUUUAAAUGCACAGCUUGUGGAAAGAGCUUCAGGGAAAGCAGUUCACUUAGUAUGCAUCAAAGAAUUCACACGGGGGAGAAAUCAUUUGAAUGCAUGGAGUGUGGAAAGUGCUUCAGGCAGAGUGGUUCACUUACUGUACAUCAAAGAACCCACACAGGGGAGAAACCAUUUAAAUGCAUGGAGUGUGGAAAGAGCUUCAGCCAGAGCAGUAAACUUACUGUACAUCAAAGAACCCACACAGGGGAGAAACCAUUUAAAUGCAUGGAGUGUGGAAAGAGCUUCAGCCAGAGCAAUAGGCUUACUGUACAUCAGCAAACACACACAGGGGAGAAGCCAUUUAAAUGUAUGGAGUGUGAAAAGAGCUUCAGUGUGAGUAGUGAGCUUACUGUACAUCAACGAACACACACAGGGGAGAAACCAUUUAAAUGCAUGGAAUGUGGAAAGAGCUUCAGAGACAGGGGAACUCUUACUAAACAUCAACAAACGCACACAGGGGAGAAGACAUUUAAAUGUAUGGAAUGUGGAAAGAACUUCAGGCAGAGCGGUUCACUUACUGUACAUCGAAGAACCCACACAGGGGAAAAACCAUUUAACUGUAUGGAGUGUGGAAAGAGCUUUAGAGUGCGUAGUCACCUUACUGUACAUCAACGAACUCACACAGGGGAGAAACCAUUUAAAUGUAUGGAGUGUGGAAAGAGCUUCAGCCAGAGCAGUAAACUUACUGUACAUCAAAGAAGCCACACAGGGGAGAAACCAUUUGAAUGCAUGGAGUGUGGAAAGAGCUUCAGAGAUAGGGGAACCCUUACUAGACAUCAACAAACACAUACAGGAGAAAGCAUUUAAAUGUAUGGAGUGUGGAAAGAGCUUCAGUCGGAAUGAUGACCUUACUUUUCAUCAGCAAACCCAUAUAGGGGGAAAACUUUACUAAGCAUAAAAGAAUCCACAUAGGAAGAAACCAUGUAAAUGCAUGGAGUGUGGAAAGCACUUCAGAGAUAGGGGAACCCUUACUAGACAUCAACAAACACAUAUAGGAGAAAGCAUUUAAAUGCCUGGAGUAUGGAAAGAGCUUCAGCCAGAGCAGUAGUCUUACUUUACAUCAAAGAACCCAUACAAUGGAGGAAUAAUUUAAAUCCAUUGAGUGUGGAGAGAGCAUCAUUGCGCUGUAUGUGGGGCUGCCCUUGAGGUUGGUCUGGAAGCUGCAGCUGGUGCAAUACGUGGCGGCAUGACUGCUCACUGGGGAGGGUAUCGCCAACUUGUCACCCCGCUGCUGACAGAAUUGAACUGCCUGCCUAUUAGCUGCUAGGCUAAGUUCAAGGUUCUGGUUUUGGUGUACAAAGCCCUAUACAGCUGGGGACCAGGAUAACUGAAAGAUCGUCUCACCCUUUAUAUACCCAGUCAAUCAGUACGCUCUGCAGAUGAGGGCCUCCUGCAGAUACCGUCUUAGCAGGAGAUCCAUUCCGCACAACAUAGGAAGUGGACCUUGAAUGUAGUGGCACCUACCCUUUGGAGAUUCCCUCCCCUCAAAAAGCCUUUUAAAUACUCUGUGUUGGAAUUGCUUCUAAGAUGUUUUUAAAUCUUUUUUUGAAAAAUGUUUUAAAAUAUGUUUUGUUGUAAUAUGUUUUAAAAUCUGUUUUAAUGAUGUUUUAGAGUGGUUUUAGUGCUUUUGUU